UACACCUGCUGCAUCUACGUCUUCAAAUAAUAUUGAUAACAAUAACAACCAAGGGACUAAAGAAGAUUAUUUAGAUUAUGAUGAGGUUUCUGAAACUAGUGCUCUUGAAAAUAAUGAUCAGUCUGAUUUACAGAUCCUUUCGGAUACAAGUAAAAUAGAAGUAGAAUAUGAGGAUCAAAGAUCUGAGGAUGAUUUUAUUUUAAAUGAGAAUGAUGAAGUUGCAGAAAUUAUUUCUGAUCUGUCAUUAAACAAUGAUUCUGAAGCCUCUAAAAUAGCUCAGGCUAUGAAAAGAUAUAUUUAA